CUCAUGUCAGUAAGGUCGUGCCACCAUUGAGAGAACACUAAUCACUGGUUUACUCAAAGCCUCCACUCGCUCAACAACUGAGUCCGACUCCUUAAUCAGAACUCUUCACAGAUCAGCUGCUCCAACAACAACUCCUCCUCCACAGCAAGACUGAGUAUGCGCUGCUGUCCGGGCACAGGGAAGUGUGUGGAGCUGCAGACUGAGGCCGCUGGAGAGAGACGGGUGUUCAUAACAUUGCCCUGGCCACUUUUUCCUGAAAACAGAAUUGCAAAAGCACAGCAGCCAUGGCUUUUACUACCACACGGGACCCAGCACAGCUUGCACAGACCAUAACUGCGAAUAUCCAGAGGAUAACACAGAACUCUUCUGAAAUACAGAGGAUAGUAAAUCAACUUGGAACCGUACAGGACACGGCAGAGCUACAGAACCAACUACAACAGAAGAUACAGUAUGUAAACAAACUUGCAAAAGAUACAGACAAAUGCCUAAAGGACUUUUCAUCUCUCCCUGCAGACAGUGAGCAGAGGCAGAGAAAACUGCAGAAAGACAGACUCUUAAAUGAGUUCUCCGCAGCACUGACAAAUUUCCAGAAGAUUCAAAGAUUAGCUGCCGAGAAAGAGAAAGACUUUGUGGCCAGAGUCCGCGCAGGUUCCAGAGUUUCCGGAGGAGUACCAGAUGACGGUUACAAGGAUGGAACACUGGUCACGUGGGAAAAUGACAACCAAUCACAAGCAACGAUGCAAGAAGAAUUAAUUACAGAAGAAGACCUGCGUCUCAUAGAAGAGCGCGAGUCUGCUAUAAAUCAACUUGAGGAGGAUAUCAGAGGAAUAAAUGACAUAUUUAAAGACUUGGGUAUGAUGGUUCAUGAGCAAGGGGAGAUGAUUGACAGCAUAGAGGCCAAUGUAGAAAGUGCUGAUGUACAUGUUCAACAAGCUAACCAACAACUGGCCAGAGCAGCAGAGUAUCAGCGCAAGUCCCGGAAGAAGAUCUGCAUUAUCAUCAUUGUACUUGUUCUACUUGUAGUAAUCAUUGCACUAAUUAUCUGGGGAACAACGAAAUCUAACUAGCUGCCUGAAGAAUAAAUUCCUCAUGUAAUCAUGUCUUUAUAUUCCAACUCUGUACUACAGAUCAUUGGAGAAGUAACUUGCACAUUUCAGAAAAAUACAUUACCAUACACAGUUGGGUUUUAUAUAACUUUCUUAAAAGACACACUAUAUUGCUUGUCACAAUAUACAGUUUUAGAGCUAUUUCCUUGUGCUGUAGCACAUGCCAAAUAACUGGCUGUUACUUUUCUUUAGCCUUUUUUUGGCACUAGCCUGAAACAUUAUAUCUGAUUUACUUACAACAUCUGUGCCAUAUCUGCAAAGUUGAAACAACAACCUCCUAACAUGUUGCAAACUUAAAUUUCUGAAUAUUUGACAUUAUAAAAUGAUUUUGAAAAAUAAUUAAGUGUCUGUUUAAAAUCAGAAUCAAAUCAGAAACAAAGAUUCAUGUAAUACUAUAAAUACAAAAUAAAUUGGUCAUGUUACAGUGCCAAACCUUAAACUCUAA